AUGCGUUUACGAAGUCCGUUGAUUUGCCCUCGGGCGCUGAAGACGACGGCCGACGAAGGGUCGAUAAAUCGGUGGACGUCAUAUGCGGUGUCCGGUAGCGGAAAAAUGCUUCGUCCGACGAUCAUCUUGCUCAUGGCAGAUUUGUGCAACUGGCAGACAGGGCUGCUCGAUGAUAAAACAGUGCAAACCUCACAGUACAAAAUCGCCAUGAUCGCCGAAAUGAUCCAUACCUCGUCUCUGAUUCACGACGACAUCAUCGACGAGUCUGACCAAAGGCGCGGAAGAGCUACAGUUAGCAAGCUUAAAGGGGCAAGAUUGGUGAGUGUUGGUGGUGAUUUAAUGGCGGUGUUCCUUGGCGACUACAUUUUGGCAAAAGCGACCGAGCUUCUUACCACGCUAAACAAUGCUGACGUCAUUCAGGUUCUUUCACAGGUUAUAGAAGAUCUGGUGAAGGGCGAACUGAUGCAGUCGACGAGCGUGGAGGAUGGCGAUAAGGCGUUCGUUCAGUACCUCAAUAAAACCUAUAGGAAGACUGCCAGUCUUUUUAGUCAUAGUCUAAAGGCCACAGCGAUCUGCUCAGGAGCAUCAGAAACGAUACAAGACGCUGCUUUCUUGUUCGGCAAAAAUUUCGGGAUGGCGUUUCAGCUAAUGGAUGACGUGCUGGAUUUUGUGUCCACUGAGGAGAAUUUGGGCAAGCCAGCAGGCGUUGACCUUCGACUUGGAAUCUGCACGGGGCCGGUGCUGUUCGCAUGUGAUCAGUACCCCGAACUGCAGCAGGUGGUGCGAAGUAGAUAUUGCAGUGAAGAGGAUGUGCCUAGCGUGAUCGACAUGGUGAAGAAAAGCGAUGGUAUCUUACGAACGAAGCAGUUAGCCGAACAGUACUGUAACCAGGCCAUACGACAACUAGACGUAUUCCCUGUCACUGAGUCAAAACGAUGCCUUAUAGACUUGGUGACUAAGCAGACGACCAGGAACAAAUAA